CCCCAAAUCCCCCUAAAAUCCCAUUUUUUGCCCGAAUUUCCCCGUUCUUUCGCCCAACCUGAAGUUAUAAUUUCUGUCAUUUUUAUUUUUGCCCGAAUUUGCGGUUUUUCCCCCAGAACCUCGGUGUCCCAGCACCGCUCCCGGGAGCAGCCCCAAAUCCCCCUAAAAUCCCAUUUUUUGCCCGAAUUUCCCCGUUCUUUCGCCCAGACUGAAGUUAUAAUUUAUAAUAUUUUUAUUUUUGCCCGAAUUUGCGGUUUUUCCCCCAGAACCUCGGUGUCCCGCCGCAGUUCCCGCGAGAAGCUGUCGCUGCUGCAGGCCCGGGAGAGGGUGGGGGAGGGGGCGCUGCCCCCCCCCCUCAGCCCCCCGGGAGGGGGCGGGGCCGAGAGCGACGAGGGCGGGGACAGCGAGGGGGAGGGGCCGGAGGGAGAGCCCCGCCCCCUCACGGGGGACCCCCCCGAGGCUCCGCCCCCCAACGGCCCCGCCCCCCCACUGCCGCCCCCCCCCGGGGCUCUCUGCAGGUCCGGCUCCCUGGGGGCGUGGCCUGGCCCCGCCCGGGACACGCCCCCCGCCCAGGCCCCGCCCCCCGUGCGCCGCUCCGCCUCCUCCCCGCGCCUGCAGGCCCCGCCCACGGGUCCGGAGCCCCCCGGCCGCCCCUCCCCCACCCAGAGACCCCCCAGCCCCUCCCCCGCCCCGCCCGGAGCCCCCCGGGACCCCCCCGAGCCGAGGGUGCGCAGGCCGUUCCAGCCGCCCGCCCGGGACGAGGAGUCGGAGUCGCAGCGCAAGGCCCGGAGCCGCCUGAUGAGGCAGGCACGGAGAGCGACCCAGGGCGUGACCCUGACGGAGCUGAGGGCGGCGGAGCAGGGGAUUGGCCGAGCCGCCGAGGGGCGUGGCCAGGAGCAGCCAAUCAGGGACGAGGGCGGGCGGGAGCCGGCCGACCCCCCCCGGCUCCCCGCCCCCCCCGCCCAGGUGCCCCCCGGUGGCCCCGCCCCCAGCCAGGUGACGGACAGCAACGGGCCCGCGGAGGCCCCGCCCCCUCCCAGCCACGCCCCCGCCCCGCCCCCCAACGGGCUCCGCCCCCCGCCGGCCCCGCCCUUCGAUUACCAACAGCUGUUCCAGGAGCUUUGGGUUGAAAACGAGCGGAUUCGGGAGCAGCUGCAGGAGGCGGAGCUGGCGCUGACCCAGAGCCGGCUGGAGCUCGAGAGGGUCACGCAGCGCCAGGAGCGCAGCGCGGAGCGGCCGGCACGGCUCGAGCUCGAGAGAUUCGAGCGCCGGGCGCUGGAGCUGAAGGCGGCUGAGCUGGAGGAGGAGCUGAAGGCCCUGUCGGACCUUCGGGCCGACAACCAGCGGCUGAAGGACGAGAACGCGGCGCUGAUCAGGGUCAUCAGCAAACUCUCCAAAUAACCCGAAACCCCCCAAAAAUCCUCCCAAAACCCCCCCAGGACCCCCCCCCCAAAUCCACCCCCCCCCCAAUCCGCCAAACCUCCCCCACACCAGGGGGCGGAGCCAAACGCGCCAGGGGCGUGGCUAAAGGGAGUGGGUGGAGCUGGUGCCAAGGGGGCGUGGCCAAUCCGGGGGUGGAGCCAUUAAUUGCACUGAGGUGAAAGCUGCCAAAGGGGUGUGGCCAAAUGGGGGCGUGGUCUGUGCGCACCAGGCCCCGCCCCCACCUCUCCCCGCAUGCUGUUCGUCCAAUCAGACCACGGGGGGCGGGGCCUUCUCGUGCCCCGCCCCUUUUGCCAACCCUGCCCCUCCCCCCCCCGCGAAUAUUUUUGUGGAAAAAAAAAGGAAAAAAAGAAAAAAGAGAAAAUAAUAAAUAAAAGAAAACCGUGGGGAAGGGGCGCA